UUCGUGCAGAACUGAUAUUAUAUAUGUAGCUCCAAGGGACAGAAAACUGCAGGUGGUCUUUCAAUCAUCAUCAAGACAGGAUGAAUUUCUCAGUUUGUCUUCUUGUAGCUCUCUUCGGAGGUACAGUAGCCUAUCCAGUAUGGGAGAAAUUUCUGAAAAAUGGGGGCGUAGUUUAUGUUAUCAAAGUAGACAUGGACAACAAAGAGGAAGACAGCGAAAACAAAGUGACGCCAAUGAUCCAAGAACACUUACUUAUUAGACAAGUGGGAGAAAAAGACGAUACGCAGGAUUAUCCAGAUGUCAAAGACAAGGCAGAGAGAAACAGAAUUCGUCGUCCAAAUCGUGAUGAACCAUCUCCCGUUGAGAAUUCUGAAGGAGAAAUACUAGAAAAGGAAAGGAUUCCAAAGAACCCGGGAAGAAGAGAACGUAAGAUGCAGUACAAACCUAUGGAAGGCGACAAACAGAAAACAUUCCUAUUGAAAUUAAACGAUAAUGAAUUCCGUUCGUCCGAUAUCCUGGAAGGGGGAAAAAGAAACUUUGAAGGAGGUGGUUUUGGAAGAGGUGGGGGUGGAGGUUAAUCUCGUAAUAUCUGAUUUCCCGUAGGAUGACCAAUAUCUUCAUAUGAUUUGCUGCUUGAAAAAAGUAGUUCCCAAGAAAUUCUGUUUUCAUGAAUUCGGCUUGAAGUCACUUAGAACUCAAUUCCUUUGCAUACAAACUUAUGUUUCAGACAAAACUUAGUCAAACGUUUGAUCGCAAUUCACGGAAAAAUGUUCUAUAUUUCAAUUAUCUUUUAUAGUAUUGAAUAAAUGAACAUGCUCAACGGUAUUGAAUUAUGAUGUAUUUUGCCUGGUCUUGUUCGGGCCGUCUGCAAUCACGCAACAC